UUAUAUUGCUGCUGGACUUCUCGAUCUUGUGUUAUGAUAAAGAUGCUAAUAAUACCAGUUGUGGACUUACACAGGUCAAAGAUUUGGAAAUUGAGGUUGAUUCUCUAAAACAGAGUGGCAAAGAGAACCUGCAGCAAGCAGUUCUAACUGAGAAGGAAAAAUUUACUCAAAUGCAAUGGGAUAUGGAGGAACUUAGAAGAAAGUGUGUGGAGAUGGAAUUGAAGCUGGCGGCUGAACAGGCUGACAAGAUGCGGAUGGAAUCAACGCAAAGAAUCUUAGUACAAGAGAAUGAAAGACUGUACCAAGAGUUGGAUGCUGCUCAACAGCAGAACAAUAGCUUGCAGAAACUCCAUUUGGAGUUGGAGUCGAAGUCCAACACAGAUGUCAAACUUUUAGUCAAGGAGGUUAAAUCUCUACGAAGUUCCCACACAGAACUCAAACAAGAGCUCAGCAAAUUGGCAAAAGAGAAGGCAGAAGUUGAAAUGAUUUUACGGGACGAAAGGCAAACUAGGGAACAUGCUACCGCUGCAAAUAUUAAGCUGCUGCAUGAGUAUGAAAUUCUUCGCAGUAAACUUGAGGAAUGCAGUGUCAGUUUUCUCAUCGAGGAAGAAAAUAAACUGGUCCUGGAUGCUUCUAUCCCUUCUGAUGCCAUUGAUAUACUGUCAACAUCUGAUGAUCGAAUAGGUCUACUACUUGCAGAGGCCCAGCUGCUAACACAAGAUGUUGAAACUACCAUUGCUGGGAGAAAUCUUGAUGGAGAAUAUUCAAGGACAGCAGUGGAUGAAUUGAGGAAACAACUAGCUGAUGUUUAUGUUGACAAUGCCAAAUUGAGGAAACAGAUGAAUUCUGUCAUUCGUUAUGCACUACAAACAGCUAGUAGAUCAAAGGACAAUGAGGAAGAGAGCCCUUCAACAAAGACAGCUCUUACGAAGCCUUUAGAUGGAUGAUUUAUAAAACGCAGAACACGUAUCUAUAAUAAAACAUGGAGAAGCUUGUAUAAUAUUUCCUCCUUUCUCUUAUACUCUCAAAUGGCCUCAUAGUAUAUACGUGGCUUAUUUCAUCUCCAUUAUGUAAUAGUAGUGACUAAUUGGAAAAUUGUCAUUGAAGAUUAAGUUUGAAAUAAAGCUUUCCAUUGUGCUGCUA